CUCCUGACCUUAGGUGAUCCACCUACCUUGGCCUCCCAAAGUGCUGGGAUUACAGGCAUGAGCCACCAUACCCAGCCGAAAAUUAAAUAACUUAAAUGUGCAAUAUUUAGAAUGGUCCUUGGUAUGCAUGAAUGCUCAAUAAAUAUUUGAUUUUUUCCAUGUAGAAAACAGUAUAUUAUGGGUAAAAUUAGAAUUUAUAAAGUUGAGUUUAUAUGAAAACUGAGAUAAGAAGUGGUUGAGAUGUAUAGCCACUUUUGUAUAAUGAUUUGUAUUGGGAAAAUGCAUUAUAAUGACCAGGCUACUGACUUCAAAAAUGAGUGUUUGACACACAAGUAGUUUGUAAAAUACUACAUUUUUUACUAAUUUUUUUCAGGUAGUAUUUACUAUGUUUUUAGUAAGGCAAAGGGAAGGUAAAUGGUAUGCCUACUGUGUGCUAAUCAGCACUUUAUGUCAUUGCAUGUAAUCCACAAACAGUCCUACUAGGUAGCUAGUACGUACUUCAUUUAAAAGGAGGAAGUUGAAAUUUUAGAAGGGUCCAGGGAUUUACUCAGAUAGUAGCACUGUUGUAAUGUAGCCUCUUUAUCUCCAAGCUCAAAGCUUCUGCUACUAUCUCCUGUGUUAUUAACAGGGGAGAGGUUUGAUACAUGUAACAACUGUUAUGCUACAGGCACCAACCAUUCUGGCAUCAUAGUGGAUGCCAGAAUACUAGGGGAUCCCUGCUGUACCAGGUGUUAACAUUAGGGAAUAUGGAGGUGUCUUGGUGGGAGUUGGCUCCACAGAGAAAGGGACAUUUGGAGAGCUUGGAGCAGUGGCCAUUUCCAACCAGUAUUUAAGUAUUAUAUUAUUUAGUAUUUUAACAACUAGUAUAGCCACAUUGUUGUUUCUGACCAAAUAUUAGCCAUAUCAAAACUUUGAUAUAACUAGUGUUAUAAUUAAGUACAAAAAAUUUUUAAAGACCAUAUUAAAUUUCGUUUUCAUGUUUUUUUCUACAAGCAUUUUUAGGACCAGAUACAAUUGAGAAUUUCUUCCUUGUAAUUCUUACUAAACUAUAAGUACAUAAAUAUAUGGUCCUGUUUCACUUACAUUGAUUGAUUAACCACUAGUUGUUUCAGUUUGUUUCCUGUUACUAUAACUAGAAAACCUAAGACUGGGUAAUUGAUAAGAAAAAAAAUUUAUUUCAUGCAGUUCUGAAAGCUAGGAAGUCCAAGACUGAGCAGCCAACAUUUGAUGAGGGCCUUCUUGCCUUUAUUAUUUUCAGCCCUUUUUUAAAAAAAUUAUGAACUUGCCGUAAUUUAGAGGAAGAAGCUCACAUGUUAAUGUACUUUGUCCAAAUAUUUCUUAAUCUAUUAUAAAUAUCAUAAAAGACUUUGUUGUUUUCUUGAUUUCCAUUGUGAAUUUGUUCUCAUUUAUAACUUUCCUCUUUUACAUAUUCUUUAUCAUCAAAGAAGAAUAAAACAGCAGUCAUUUUUACCUAACAAUCUACAUAUUAUGUGCUCAAAUUUGCUAAAAGACCCAAUCUCUUCAUUUCAUAGUUUGGAAGCAACACAAAUCACUGAUUGUAUUUGUUCGUUUUCUUUGUUGUAGGAUAGAAAAAUUAUUUGAAUUAUAGAUGUUAGACAGUGAAUAUAUUUUUUUCAUUUAGAUUAUAAUAUUGCAUGGAAUGAAAUGAAUUAAAUAGUUAAUGCUAAGGCUUUUAGCCUGAACCAUAGGAAAUUACCAAUAUUUUACCUUUUUACCAAUAAAAAGAAGAGUUUCAUCGAUUCAACCCAAUAUAGAAGUGUAUAUUGCCAAAAAUAUACUUGACUACUUUGAGUUAAUCUUUUUAUAAUUUACCCUGUCUAUGAAGUGAAUAUAUAAUUUUUGUUUCAGUUACUAAUGGUGAGUUGUUCUCUGUUGCAACUAGCCAAAGAGUAGAUGCUUUUAUAAACUUUAUUAUUUAACUUUUCCUGAAAAUGAACCCACCAUGCUAAGAUUAAUUUACAUGUAUUGAUUUGCAGUCUUCUGUGCCAAUUUAAGAUUCGAUGUAACAUAUUUUUAUAUAGGGCAUAUUUUAUUAUAAAUAUGUCUAUAUCUACAACAGUAUCUACAGCUCUAUUCUCAGUGCUAUAAAAUCACAAGAAAAUCGUAGCAUUAGAAAUGCCAGCAACACAGGGAGCAUUUAAUGUUUGAUUAGUUUUAAGUAGAAUUUGAGGCUAUGAGUGAGAGGCAGUAUUAAGACUUACAUCACUCAUAUGGAGCAAAAUGGCUGAUAAUGUUUUGGUUUAAACAUUUGAAUAGUUAUUUUUUCUGCAUAGUCAUUUCAGUUCAUUAUAAACAGAAAAUUCAUCAAGUUUCUGGAAAUAAUAUACUUCACAUUUUAUUUUAUGGCUUUUGAAUUUUCACCUAUGAGAUCUAAAAUAAUAUUCCAUUUAUUUUUUGUAUAUCUCAAAAAACUUGACAGGAUAAUUCUCUAAAUGUAAAAAAAAAUCUAAUAAACAAGAAUGACUCAGAAGCUCUUUACGGUUGCACUUGCUCAUAUUCAGAUUUUAUUUUUUUAUUUCCUAAUUAUCUAUCACCAAGUCAAUAACGGCCCUAUCUUUAUUUUCUCCUGUACACAAUUUGUGUAAUCCAGACGUCUUUUUUUGUUUAAAAGGAUUUUAUUUUUGUGUCAGUGUGUUAUUUUCCCUAUCUAAACUCUUCGGUAUUUGUCAGAUUGGCAUAAUAUUGUGCUGCUUUGGGUAGGAUUUGAAAUAUUAUUCUCUUCUGGUAAAAGAUAACUGUUUCUAGACAUGAUAAAAAUCAGGCAUUACUGCUGGUUUACAGAAUUCCUUGCAUAAAAUUGUUUCUUUUACUGUUAUGAGUGCCUGCACCAAAAAUCUGCAGAAACUCCCAAAUGCUGGCUGUUUUGAUGCUCUAGCCACAUUAACCUACCUCUUUUUAAACAUCACUGAGGAUGAUACGAUACUCCUGUUCUUCUGUGUAUUUGCAUUUUCCCUGCCUCUCAUUUAAUUCUUUAAGUAUUUUCACAUGACGGUACUUCUCCACCUCCUUGCACAGAGUUCUAACACCUCUCCCUGCUGUGUGUGUGUGUGUGUGUGUGUGUGUGUGUGUGUGUCUACUGGAAAUUGUUGGAAUUAUUUGUGCCUAUUGGAAUUUGUUUUGGUUAUAUCAGAAAUUUUCAUUUUGUAGUGUUUUGUUUCUUUGUAAAUUCUUAAUAUGUUCCUAAGAUAGAACUACUUACUGCAUCUUUCUUUUUUUCUUUUGUCAACUAUGCUGGCUAAAGUGUUUUCCCUUGAGGAUUUAUUAAUGAGGAUUCUUUAUUUGAGGGUUUUGUUUCUAUUUUUAAAUAAUUUUUAAAGUCACAUAGGCUGAAGUAUGCAUUAUGUAAAAAGAUAUUGUCAAUGUCAUAAAUACUUGACAGAGAUUGCUUAUAUAAAGUCUUAUAACAGAUUUGAUCUUUAUAUGUAAGCAGUUUAUAUGUUAUUUUAAUCAUUUACAGCUGCAUUUUGAAGUUGCUCCUUUAAAACAUAUCGACAAGAGAGGAAUUUUUAGUCUGUAUGCCCACACAUUAAAAUGGUAUUUAUUAAAAACUUUUUUCUAUAAAUUAAUUCAAAUAUAUCUUCUCUCUAAUGAGUUCCCCUCAAAUUAGUCUUAUCAAAUACUAAUUCAUGAGUCUACCAUAUCUUAUUGUUAAAACUUAUAUGAUUUCCUUUUGUUUUUAUAGAGAGAAGGUCUUCUAAGAAGACUCUAAGUUCUGAUUCACUAUUUUCUGCUUUAUCUCCUACAACACCCUAGUGAUUUGUUAUAUUGAACACAGUGGAGUCACUGUUAGACCUCUUAUUUUCUUUGCUAUGGCCAUGUAAAUAAAGGAUUGUGGUUUACAGUCUAGAUUUUUUUUUUUAAGGCCUUGAAGUAGAUUUAUGAUAGCUUAAUGAAAUUUAUCUUUAUAAUAAUGUUUUUCUUGGAACAGUAGUUUCUUAUGUAUCCAGUGCCCAAAAAUGUUAUCCUAGCACCAUGAAAAUACUAGAAAAUAUGUGAAUGUCCUUUAGGAUCUCCUAAUUUUUGUUGACAAAAACAACAGCAAGUCCCUCCGUCCCCUCCUUACUUCAGGGUCAGGGACCCAUUUUCUAUUUUAUCAUCAACAGGAACAUCAUUUUUUUGUUGAGCCAAAUCCCAAAUCUUUGCAGUUUUGUUGUUGUUGUUGUUGUUGUUGUUGUUGUUGUUGGUUUUUGGUUUUUGUUUUCUGGUGAUUUGUUUGCUUGCUUUAUUUUGUAUGUAAUGGUAGCCCACCACCAAUUUAUUAUAUUGUGAUUGUUUUCACUUUGGGGUUAGUUAAAUAUGUUAGGUAAUAGACUGAUGACUGGUAAAACUAAUGCGUAUAUUUUACUGUAUUGCUUUAGACUUUUUUAAAAAUCAUGAUAUCCUGUUAAGUGCUUAUAGAUUUCUUUUGGCUGCAUCCAAAACAGUGUAGUACAACUUUGGUGUUUAAUUUGUGAAAGUAUUUUUUUCUUGUUUGCUCUUCUAAGUUCUAGUAAUGGCUACUUCAUCCAACCAUGGAGUUGAAAGAGACCCUCAAGGCUACCAUGAUUCAGAAGGAAUUUAAAUAUACCCUCUAGUUCUAAUUUCCUUCAACAGCCCUGUCUCUUACCCAGUAAUUCCAUCAAUAUUUUUAGGAUAAACCUGAACAGUGAAGUCAGCAGUAGUUGUCACUGUUGUAUUUCUUCUCUUCUCUUUUUUUUUCUCCUCUAUAGAACUUUCUAGCAUUGAAAAAUAAUUUCUGGCAUUCUGGAAAUGUAGGCAAUUCCUGUUGGUGGUCAUAAUGAGAAAAAGGAAUGUGAUAUUUGAGAAAAGUUAACCAAGAUGAUGUCAGUGGUAGUGAUUUUUUUAAGAAUGUCAUGAAAUUGAUAAAGUAGAGCUAUUGAUUCUGGUUAAAAUAUGUAGGAAGAACUAAACUUCAGAGAUAAACUGUUGAUUGAUUUGAAUUUGUAGAAAAUCUGAGAUCUUUAGCAUUACAUACAUGUAAAAAGAAUACUUUAUGAAGAGUACUUCAAACUAGAUGUACAUUGAAGAUGUCAGUUUCUACAUGUGGGAAGUAGACAUUAAAGGCUUUAUGGUUUACAGACAAGAUUUUUAGAAGUUAAGCACUAAAGGACCAAGGAAAUAAAUACCAGAAAUCAAGAGCACAGAGUAUUUUCCUUCAUCAAUCCAUAGAACCCUAAUACUUCCCUAGUUCCAUCAAACACAGAGGAAUGACCACCAUGACAGAUGGCAACAGAGGAUGUCAACAAUUUUUUGGAGAGAGAAGAGGUACUCCCCUAUAGGGACGUGUAAAGGCAUAGAGCAUCUGGAAAUUAACUGCCUCCAUUACGCUGCUGAGACACACACAACGCUUGUUAUGUUUUCUUCACUUCUGUCCAGAAGGCUACAUUAUUGGAAUUUUGAAGUCAUGAAAACCUCAGAUGAACCAACCUGCAACACCUUGGAUUCAGAUUGGAAGAUAAAGAGAAAGUUUAAAGAAUGUGGCCUAUAAAGGCGGGUACCUGGAAGUAUUAACUGACUCACACUGUAAAAAUGAGACCAGUUUCUAAACAAUAGAGAUUGUUUUAGUACAACAUCAAGGUUCAAGACAAAUGUUGAACUAAAAACUUUACACUCCCCACCCUCACUUCAGACAGGUACCAGCACUGGUGAAUUAUGAUUUUCCUUAGUCGGAAACACUUACUUUUACCCAUGUAGACCAUCCUUAGGAUUUAAAUAUUGGUUAUUUAAUGUAGAUUAUAAUGGGAAGCUGAUUUUUUCACAAUGGCAGAUUUCAAGGACUUGGUUCCAAACUGAGCUGAAGCUUCCCAAUGAGUUUUGUACAGUCUGGGAAAAACUGUGCUGCACUGGCCCACUUUUGAAGGCCAUCAUGCUCUGUAAUAUAAGGAUAUCAUCUUAUUGCUGAUAUCUUUGGAGAGUCCCUAGCAGACACAGAAAAUGAAUGGAGGCAAAGAGUGUGACGGAGGGGACAAGGAAGGAGGUCUUCCAGCUAUACAAGUUCCUGUGGGUUGGCAGCGUCGUGUGGAUCAAAAUGGAGUGCUUUAUGUCAGUCCCAGUGGGUCUUUGUUAUCUUGCUUGGAGCAGGUUAAAACAUACCUGCUUACUGAUGGAACAUGCAAGUGUGGCUUGGAAUGUCCUCUUAUUCUUCCCAAGGUAUUUAAUUUUGAUCCUGGAGCUGCUGUGAAACAGAGAACUGCAGAAGAUGUUAAGGCAGAUGAAGAUGUCACAAAGCUAUGCAUACAUAAAAGAAAAAUUAUUGCAGUGGCCACACUUCAUAAAAGCAUGGAAGCCCCACAUCCUUCUCUGGUGCUCACCAGUCCCGGAGGAGGAACAAAUGCAACUCCAGUAGUACCUUCUCGGGCAGCAACUCCAAGAUCAGUAAGAAAUAAAUCUCAUGAAGGAAUUACAAAUUCUGUAAUGCCUGAAUGUAAGAAUCCUUUCAAGUUAAUGAUCGGAUCAUCAAAUGCCAUGGGAAGGCUAUAUGUACAAGAACUGCCUGGAAGCCAACAGCAAGAACUCCACCCUGUCUACCCCCGACAGAGAUUGGGCAGCAGUGAACAUGGACAGAAAUCUCCAUUCCGUGGCAGCCAUGGAGGCCUGCCCAGCCCAGCGUCAUCAGGUUCCCAGAUAUAUGGAGAUGGUUCAAUCUCUCCAAGGACUGACCCACUUGGAAGUCCUGAUGUUUUCGCAAGAAAUAAUCCUGGUUUUCAUGGAGCUCCCAAUUCUAGUCCUAUUCACCUGAAUAGGACUCCUCUUUCUCCACCUUCAGUAAUGCUACACGGUUCUCCUGUACAGUCAUCCUGUGCAAUGGCUGGAAGGACUAAUAUACCUCUUUCCCCAACCUUGACUACAAAGAGUCCAGUAAUGAAAAAACCAAUGUGUAAUUUUUCAACUAAUAUGGAAAUACCACGAGCAAUGUUCCACCACAAACCACCCCAAGGCCCACCUCCCCCUCCUCCACCUUCUUGUGCUCUUCAGAAAAAGCCAUUAACAUCUGAGAAAGAUCCACUUGGCAUUCUUGACCCUAUUCCUAGUAAACCAGUGAAUCAGAACCCUGUUAUCAUUAAUCCAACCAGUUUCCAUUCAAAUGUCCACUCUCAGGUACCUAUGAUGAAUGUAAGCAUGCCUCCUGCUGUUGUUCCUUUGCCAAGUAAUCUCCCUUUGCCAACUGUAAAACCUGGUCACAUGAAUCACGGGAGUCAUGUACAAAGAGUUCAACAUUCAGCUUCAACCUCCCUGUCCCCUUCUCCAGUGACAUCCCCAGUGCACAUGAUGGGGACUGGAAUUGGAAGGAUUGAGGCAUCGCCCCAAAGAUCACGCUCAUCUUCCACAUCAUCAGAUCAUGGAAAUUUCAUGAUGCCACCUGUAGGACCCCAGGCCACUUGUAGUGGUAUUAAGGUUCCACCCAGGUCACCAAGGUCAACAAUAGGGUCCCCACGGCCAUCAAUGCCAUCAAGCCCUUCUACCAAGUCCGAUGGACAUCAUCAGUACAAGGAUAUCCCUAACCCAUUAAUUGCUGGAAUAAGUAAUGUACUAAAUACCCCAAGCAGUGCAGCUUUUCCUGCUGCAUCUGCCGGAAGUGGUUCUGUAAAGAGUCAGCCUGGUUUGCUGGGAAUGCCUUUAAAUCAGAUCUUGAACCAGCACAAUGCUGCCUCCUUUCCAGCAAGUAGUUUACUCUCAGCAGCAGCCAAAGCACAGCUAGCAAAUCAAAACAAACUUGCUGGUAACAACAGUAGCAGCAGUAGCAAUUCUGGAGCUGUUGCCGGCAGUGGCAACACUGAAGGACAUAGCACUUUAAACACCAUGUUCCCUCCUACUGCCAACAUGCUUCUCCCAACAGGUGAAGGGCAAAGUGGUCGAGCAGCACUAAGAGAUAAGCUGAUGUCUCAGCAAAAAGACUCAUUGCGGAAAAGAAAACAGCCACCUACCACAGUGUUGAGUUUGCUCAGACAGUCUCAAAUGGAUAGUUCUGCAGUUCCUAAACCUGGACCUGACUUGCUAAGGAAGCAGGGUCAGGGUUCGUUUCCCAUCAGUUCAAUGUCUCAGUUACUACAGUCUAUGAGUUGUCAAAGCUCUCACUUGAGUAGCAAUAGUACCCCGGGUUGUGGGGCCUCAAAUACUGCUUUGCCUUGCUCUGCUAACCAGCUGCAUUUUACAGAUCCCAGUAUGAACUCCAGUGUUCUUCAGAAUUCACUGACACAGAACAUACCUUUAAGAGGGGAAGCCGUGCACUGCCACAAUGCAAACACUAACUUUGUUCACAGUAACAGUCCAGUCCCCAACCACCAUCUUGCAGGUUUAAUAAAUCAGAUUCAGGCUAGCGGGAACUGUGGGAUGCUCAGUCAGUCGGGCAUGGCUUUAGGAAAUUCCUUACAUCCCAAUCCACCUCAGUCAAGAAUUUCAACGUCCUCCACUCCAGUGAUACCAAACAGCAUUGUUAGCAGCUAUAAUCAAACAAGUUCUGAAGCAGGCGGUUCAGGACCAUCAUCCUCCAUAGCCAUAGCGGGCACCAACCACCCUGCCAUCACAAAAACAACGUCUGUUCUUCAAGAUGGCGUCAUAGUCACCACCGCAGCUGGAAACCCACUGCAGAGUCAGCUGCCCAUUGGGAGUGAUUUUCCUUUUGUUGGCCAGGAGCACGCACUUCAUUUUCCAUCCAACAGCACUUCAAACAACCAUCUUCCACACCCCUUGAACCCCAGCCUCCUCAGUUCUCUACCUAUCUCUUUGCCAGUGAAUCAACAGCAUCUCCUAAACCAGAAUCUAUUAAAUAUCCUCCAGCCUUCAGCAGGAGAAGGUGAUAUGUCAUCAAUAAACAAUACUUUGAAUAACCAUCAACUGACUCAUCUACAGUCGCUGUUAAACAACAAUCAGAUGUUUCCUCCAAAUCAGCAACAGCAGCAACUUCUCCAGGGGUACCAGAAUCUCCAGGCGUUCCAAGGACAGUCCACAAUUCCUUGCCCAGCUAACAAUAACCCCAUGGCUUGUCUGUUUCAGAACUUUCAGGUGAGAAUGCAGGAAGAUGCAGCUCUCCUAAACAAAAGAAUAAGCAGUCAGCCUGGGCUCACAGCACUUCCUGAGAAUCCAAACACUACACUUCCACCUUUUCAAGAUACACCUUGUGAGUUGCAACCAAGGAUUGACCCGUCUCUUGGUCAACAGGUGAAGGAUGGCCUCGUUGUGGGUGGCCCAGGUGAUGCUUCUGUAGAUGCCAUUUACAAAGCAGUUGUCGAUGCAGCCAGCAAAGGAAUGCAGGUUGUCAUCACCACUGCAGUCAACAGUACAACUCAGAUCAGCCCCAUUCCAGCUCUGAGUGCCAUGAGUGCCUUCACUGCCUCAAUUGGUGACCCGUUAAAUCUCUCCAGUGCUGUCAGUGCGGUCAUUCAUGGACGGAACAUGGGAGGUGUUGAUCAUGAUGGUAGGCUGAGGAAUUCAAGAGGGGCUCGGCUGCCCAAGAACCUAGACCAUGGGAAAAAUGCGAACGAAGGAGAUGGGUUUGAAUAUUUCAAGUCAGCAAGUUGCCACACAUCCAAAAAACAGUGGGACGGGGAGCAAAGCCCCAGAGGGGAGCGAAACAGGUGGAAAUACGAGGAAUUUUUAGAUCAUCCAGGCCAUAUCCACAGUAGUCCUUGUCAUGAAAGGUCCAACAAUGUCUCUACACUGCCAUUUCUGCCUGGGGAGCAGCACCCAAUACUGUUACCACCAAGAAACUGUCCAGGGGAUAAAAUUCUAGAGGAAAAUUUCAGGUAUAAUAACUACAAAAGAACUAUGAUGAGUUUUAAAGAGAGACUAGAGAACACUGUGGAAAGAUGUGCACAUAUUAAUGGGAAUAGACCUCGACAGAGUCGGGGAUUUGGAGAGCUGCUAAGCACUGCAAAGCAAGACCUGGUCCUAGAGGAGCAGUCUCCAAGUUCCUCAAAUAGUUUGGAAAGUUCUCUGGUCAAAGACUACAUCCAUUACAAUGGAGACUUUAAUGCCAAAAGCAUUAACGGGUGUGUGCCUAGCCCUUCAGAUGCUAAAAGCAUUAGUAGUGAAGAUGACCUAAGGAAUCCAGACUCCCCCUCUUCAAAUGAAUUGAUACAUUAUAGACCAAGGACGUUCAAUGUGGGCGACUUGGUCUGGGGCCAAAUCAAAGGACUGACUUCCUGGCCUGGAAAAUUAGUAAGAGAAGACGACGUUCACAAUUCAUGUCAACAAAGCCCCGAGGAAGGGAAGGUGGAGCCCGAGAAGUUGAAGACACUAACAGAAGGUUUGGAAGCCUACAGCCGUGUCCGGAAAAGGAACAGAAAAAGUGGAAAGCUAAAUAACCAUUUAGAAGCUGCUAUUCAUGAGGCCAUGAGUGAACUGGACAAAAUGUCGGGGACUGUACACCAAAUCCCACAGGGUGACAGACAAAUGAGACCCCCCAAACCCAAGAGGAGGAAGAUCUCCAGAUAACAGAGACUACUCCACUAAUGAGCAGUGUUUAUUAAAGGAACAUGCACAGAUGUAUCUGUAUAUAGGUAUUGAUAUAGCCACUGUUAUAUCAAUAUUUAGAUUAUGGCAGAUAGCUACCACCACCACAGGGUGCUAAAGAAACAGUGAUAGAAAGUUUUUUUGAUCAGGAAGGAUAAUGAAUGCUGGAAAAACCAAUCAAAAUCUCUGUGUGAUGAGAGUGAUAAAUGGUCAAGAGAUUACUGAGAAACUCUUUUUCUAUAAUACUAAAUUGUGAUUCCAAGAAAUAGUCCAAAUGUUUCUGAAGAAUUUUCAAUGUUGUAUAUAGAAAAUACAGAAUUUCAUGGUGAUAUCAGAAAUGUAAAUAUUGUACAAUAUUGUCAUGUACAAGCGUACCUAAUGCACACUUUAUCUUUUAUUGUACAAAGAAAUAGUGUACAAAAUUCUUUGGUUUCUAUGGAGUACACCUACCAGAGACUACCAGUGUAAAGUGAUAAAUAAAAAUACAACCUAAA